AUGGUGGCUUUGACAUUCACAUUCUUCUCAUUGGAGCUGAUAACUCAGGCAGCUUCGAGCUCAGUGGUGGUCUUCUUCUUCUGCAAUGUGAUCAUUGUCACCAUCCUCGUCGCCUCGAGGCCGCCUCCUCCCGCGGCGGCGAGCGGAAUUUGCCACGUUUCGGUUGCAGGGAGCCCUUACGCGACCAUUUAUCAGCACGAGGAGACUGUUAUUGAUGGACAUAGACAUACUCUGCAUUCCAACGACGAAAACAGAGCAUCGGAAUCUAAUUUGAAAUUCGUAAUUACUACCCAUCAAGAAGAAGUAGAAGAGGAGAAGGAAAAAGAAGAAGAAGAAGAAGUAGGGGAAUACAAUGAGGAGGAAGACGAUGAUGAAUUGAGAAGGAGAGUUGAAGAGUUCAUUGAGAAGACUAACAAUGAAUGGAGGGCCGAAUUGCUCAGAACAUCGCGGCGGCCGUGA